AUGGCAGCUAUGCAGAAGGCAGUGGUCACCAUCGGUCAGGAUAAGAUUAUUCGAUCUGUGAAUCGCGAGGCCAUCCGCUUGUUUGGGUACCAGCGCGCCGACGAGCUAAUCGGGAAAUCAAUCAACGUUCUGGUGCCGCCUCCCUGGAAGGCUCAGCAUGACUCCUACAUCGACAACUACCACCGCACCGGCAUACCGAAGGUCGUGAUCGGCAGAGCGCGAGAGGUGGAGGGCGAGAAGAAGGAUGGAAGCGUGGUGCGCAUUCGUCUGUCCAUCUCCAAGAUCACCAUCCAGGACGAGGUGUUCUACUGCGGCCUCAUCGAGGCACUCGAGGACAAGACCGGGUUCGUCACCUCCGACGACAAGGGAGUGAUUCUGUCGAACAAUGGGACGUGCGAAAACAUAUUCGGGUACUCGCGCGGCGAGCUGAUCGGCCGCAACGUAUCCAUGCUGGCCACGGAGCCUCACGCGUCGCUGCACGACGAUUACAUGCGGCGCUACAGAGAGACGGGAGUGAAACACGUGCUGGGGCGAGUGCGCAAUCUCAAUGGGCGUCACAAGGACGGAUCGGAGAUGCCCAUCUCGCUGCUCAUCAACGAACGCAUCGAGGGCGGCAAGCGCACCUUCUGCGCCCACAUCAACCAAAUCACCGAGCAGAUCGAAGCCCACGUCACGAUCGACCACAAGGGGUCCGCGAUGUGGAUGAUGUUCGGUUAUGCGAAGGAGGAGCUGCUCGACCGCAAGAUCAAGAUCAUCAUGACCCACCCGCACUCGGAGAUGCACGACACCUACCUCAAGCGAUACUUCCGCACCCACAAGAAGCGCAUCAUCGGCACCACCCGCACGCUCAAGGCGCGCCACAAGGACGGCUCGACCUUCUUGAUCAACCUCGAGGUCAACGAGUUCAUGGAAGAGGGCGAAAUCAUGUUCGGCGGCAAGAUCACGCGCGUGCUGUCGCAGCAGGAGAAGAAGCAUGCGAAGGAGGUGCGGUACAUCGGCAACUACGAAGUCGAGUCCAUACUCGCCGAGGGCCUGUACGGCCAGGUUCGACUCGCACGUCAUCACCUCACCAAGGAACGGGUCAUCAUCAAAACCAUAGAGAAGUCGAAGGUCGAUCUCGACCGGUUCCGUGAGAUCGAGGUCAUGAAGUACCUUCGCCACCCGCACGUGUGUCGCCUGCUCGAGGUGAUCGAAGCCCCGCAGAAGCUGUACAUCGUCAUCCAGUACAUCGAGGGCGGAGAGCUGUACGAGUACGCCGUGACCAAGGACAAGCUGCCCGAGGCCGAGGCGCGCGUGUUCUGGCGACAGAUCGUGCAGGGCGUGGAGUACAUGCACUCCCAGGGGAUCGUGCACCGCGACCUGAAGCUGGAAAAUAUCAUGCUGGACAGGAACAGGAACGUCGUAAUCAUCGACAUGGGGCUGUCCAAUUUUACGGCCGAUGGGAAGCUCCUGGAGACGUUUUGCGGCUCAUCGUCCUAUGCCGCACCGGAAAUGUUCCUCUGCCGUCGGUACAAGGGACCCGAAGUCGAUAUAUGGUCGAUGGGGGUGAUCUUGUACUGCAUGGUGCUGGGCUAUCUGCCGUUCGAAGACCCGCAGCACAUCGUCGACGCCGACUUCAUCCCGUUCGAGCCGCAGGACAACAUCUCGCCCGAGUUCCAGGACCUCAUCCACCGCAUCUUCCGGUUCGACCCGGCCGAGCGGAUCACCAUCGAAGAAGUGCGCAAGCACCCGUGGACCAACAAGGCACGUCCCUCGCUCAUUGCUGACAUGCCGGAGCUGGAGCCUCCGCCCAAGGUGCACGCGAGCGAGGUGGAAGAGCUCCAGCGCGCGGAUCUGCUGAAGAAGCUCGAGGAGUUCGGGUUCGACAAGAACGACAUUCUCAAGAGCCUCUCGCAGGAGGACUUCAAUCAGAUCACCGCCUCCUUCUUCCUCCUCCAGCAGCAGCAGGCCCACGACGACGAACACAACGCCACCACGACCGGGGCGGCUCGGCCCGCUGGCGGCGGCUGCCCCUUCGCCCACCUCCACUCUGCGCAGAAGGAGGACAACGGCGAGAAGAAGAAGCAGGUCAAGGCCGGCGAAGAGGAGGGAGAGGCCGACGACGGUCACCACCACCACCACCACGACAAGGACAAGGCGAGCACGAAGGAAAAGAAGGAGAAGAAGAGCAAGAAGGAGAGC